AUAAAUUCUCAAAUGAUACAAAACAACACAAACAUAAACGAAAGAAACCAUCGCAUCGGCUGUUCUCAAAAGGUUGUCAGCCAAGAAACCAGAUCGGCCUGUUUUGACAUUGGAAUUCAUCAUGUUUUGUGUAAUGGCAUCUUAGUUGUUGUGUUAUAUAUCCAGUUACUUGUGCUUAUGUCACUAGUGAAUACUGUUAAUUAUUUCAAAGAAGGUUGAAACGAGAAAUCGGGUACCCCCCGCCCCCUCUUCAUCUUGAGGAUUUUGUAAGGAUUUACUAAGCUAGGAAUUCCUGGCUGUUCAGCAAUAAAGUGAAGAGGAACCUGUUUUAUUUGGUAUUUUGCUAACAAAUAAUCUUUGAAUUUUUAGUUGAAUUUUAAUGUCUGUAAAAACAUUUAUAUACCUGAACUGAUAAGUGAUUUGAAUGUCAGUAUUUAAUUUUAUUGUAUUACUUGAGGGAAAACUUACAGUUCAGUAUUGAAUAUUUUGUAUUUACUGAAACGCAUUAAUUCUUUAUAAUUAGUUCUUUACUGUAGUUAAUGUAGAAUCUGUUAAUAGUAUGGUAAUGUUUUUGUGAAGAGAAAAUUCAUGUUGAAAUUGUGUCACUGAUGUGAAAGUAUUUUUAGUUUGAGUGUUUUGCUAUUCAUUACAGUUGAGUUUUUUGCUAUUCUUUGAGCACUGUAAAAAUGAAUCUUCCAUAUGCUCUGUCAUUAAGUAGAUUUGGCCUGAUGGGGAAUGGUGAAGGCACUGAAAUUUUUAGUAUGGAAAGCGUGAAAGAAAAAGGAAGUGAAGAAGGUACUGAAUAUGAGAGAAGACAAUCAUAUUCAAACAGAGAUACUACUAGUGUCCAGGAUACAACUACCAGUGAUGCAAUCAUUGACAACUUCAACAGCGUAAUGGCUGCUUUGGCACUGAGAUCCAGUUUAUUUGGUUUUAAUGGACUUGAAGGUAACAUGUUGUAUAUCUCACCUUUAAGUUUAUUGGGUUUGGGAAGUAGUGGGGGUUUAAAUUGCUUCAGAGCUUUAUCCCCAGGUUAUGUUAACAUAUUGGAUAACUUUGAUAGGUUGUUUCCAUAUCCUGGAAAUACAAUAAUGUUAAACAGUGAGAUUAGUUUAAGACGACUGGAUGAUAGUGAGAUCACAGACUCUCCAGAAAAUGAUCAGAAAAAUUCACUAACUUUAGGUGAGGAGAUUGGAUCUACCACAUCAUAUCCAACACGCAUGUUAACGGACACCAUGAAGAGUUUGAAUUCUAAACAUAUAAGUGAAACCUUGCAAAGUGCAAACGAGAACUUGUGUUCUCAAAAUUUCAUCCAAGUUGAUCAAUGUACCAGUAAUAUAGAAAAGUCCAGUACUAACAGUGUUAUUGAUAGUGAAAACGAUAGUGAAGUUAGUUUUGAAAAAGGUCAGGAGGAAAAAAAUGGAAAUGGUGUCACUGAUGUUAGUCCUUUGCAAGUAGGAGAGAUUUCUCAAGCUUUAGAGAAUGAAAAUAUGGUGCUAAAUGAGUACCCAAGGAAGCCUUCUGAGGUAUCAGGUAUUGCAGAUUUUAUUUCAGGGCAUUCUAAUGGUUAUCAAGUAAUGAGUAACGAAAUCAAGCUUUCUUCAAGCAAUAAUUCUUGUGGGUUAGUAACUGAUAGUUACAAAUUCCAGGAAAUCUCUGUAACUUCAAACAAUAUGUUGGAAAAGUUAGCAUCAGGUUCUGGUAGGAAGUUUGUCUGCUCUCUCUGUGGGAAGAAAUAUCAUUCUGAAGAAAUAUUACGGCAACACGAGGCAUUACAUUCUGGGAAAAAAAACUUCCCUUGCACUGUUUGUGGCAAAGAAUUCUCAAGGGAACACAGCAUGUUGACACACAAACGAAUUCACACAGAAGAGAAGAAUUUUAAGUGUGAUUUGUGUGGGAAAGGAUUCUACUGGAAAUCGUGUCUCAGAAGACAUAUGGAUGUUCAUAUAGAUGAUAAAGAUUUUACAUGUCCUAUAUGUGGGAAAGUCUUUGUCAACAAGUCAUAUGUGGCAGGACACAUGGCAGUUCAUACAGGAGAAAAAAAAUUCAAGUGUGAGAUAUGUGGGAAGGGUUUUUCCUUCAAGGUAUCCUUGAGGAAACAUACAGUCCUUCACACACAAGGGCGUCAAAAGGCCGGUGUGUGUGGAAAGGAAUCCUUUCAGCAGUCUACUUUACAUCUUCACCAGGUUGGAAUGUCUCUUGGUAGUACUACUUCCUUGCCACUGGAUAGCACAGGAAGUGUUGAACUGGGGGAUAAGGAGAAAACUUCACCUAGCCAAGACAGUGAUAAUACCAUAGACAACCUAGUUCAUUCAGACCAGGGUUUAUGUAGCUCAGAAUGUGACAAAAUGCAAACUAACCCCAAGGACUUUGCAAACCCUAAGAAUGUACAAGCAGAUAAUUACACUGGCAAUUUGUCUUAUAGCACCAAAAGUGAAUUUGAACAUCUUGAAGAGAAAAAACAAAAUGGUAAUUUUAAUGUUCCUGCUGACUCUGUAGUUGUCAAAGACUCAUCUCAAGGCUCAGGUACAGGAAGUCCAAUUGUUGGCAGCUCAAUUAAUCAUCCAGUUUUGUGUGGUACAAAUAGCAAAACUGUCAGUGGUACCACUGCAACUUCAUCAUCCAGUACAGUUAGUGAAACAGUAAUUGCUGGUUCAAAUAUUUCUGUGUCAGAACAGAAUGCAGAUCAUAUAAAUGAAAUUAAACCACCUGACUUAAAUAGGAAGUAUGGAUGUAUUGUUUGUGGUAAAAGGUUUCAUUCAAAGGCAAAUUUGUUGCGACAUGAGAUGAUACAUUCAGGAAAAAAGAACUUCCCGUGUGGAAUUUGUGGAAAAGAAUUUUCAAGAGAAUAUAAUUUGAUAAAUCACAGGCGUAUUCAUACUGCAGAGAAAAAUUACAAAUGUGAUUUGUGUGGUAAAGAGUUUUACUGGAAGUCAUGCUUGACAAGGCACAUGGGUGUCCACAUAGAUGAGAAAGACUUCACAUGCCCCAUUUGUGGAAAAGUUUUUUUCAAUAAAUCGUACGUCAGAGGGCACAUGGUUGUUCAUACUGGUGAAAAGAGGUUUAAAUGUGAAAUAUGUGGGAAAGGUUUUUCCUUCAAGGUGUCUUUAAAGAAACAUAAAAUUAUGCAUACAAAUGAGAAAAAUGUUAAGUGUGAUAUUUGUGGAAAGGAAUUCUUUCAGAAGUCAAAUUUAAAUCUUCAUCGGGCUGUUCAUACCAGUAAGAAGAAGUUUGUGUGUGAGUUUUGUGGUAAAAUCUUUUCUUCAAAGGUGCUCCUGGUUGAUCACGUUGCAUUACACACAGGAGAGUUUAGAUGCACUGUUUGCAAUGAAAAUUUUUCUGAUAGUACCCUUUUGGUCCAACACAUGACUGUACAUGAAGGUAAUAAAGAUUAUCCAAAACAUAAAUGUGAUUUGUGUGGAAAAACAUUUAAUAAGAAGUCUAACUUAUUGCUUCAUAAAGUUGUGCACACGGGUAAAAAAGACUUUUCUUGUGAGAUUUGUGGCAAAUCUUAUUACCACAAAUUUAAUUUGGCGCAACACAUGGUAAUUCAUACAGGACCUAUCAAAUGUAAUGUAUGUGGUAAAGAAUUUGCUCGACAAGCCCAGUUGAAUCGACACAUGGUUAUACACACUGUUUUAAUGAAUCGACAAGCAGGAGAGAUAUUUCCUUCUGUAGCUCCAGUUUCAGAUGUAGAGGACAGUGUAUUUGUAUUGGAUUCCCAGAAAGAUAAAGGGGAUGAUUCACUUCCACAAGAAUCUAGUCCAGUAGAAGGGGAUAGUGGUAACACUUUUAUAGAUGAAAAUAGUCAGAUUGAAAGUAUUUUACCCGUCAGUGUUUAUGAAGAAUCCAAACUUACUGAAAAUAUUACUAAUUCUGUUGUUGGAGAAAACAUGGAAAAACUUUCAGACAGCAUUUUUACUGUGGAAACAAUGGUCUCUGAAGGAAGUUCAAGUGUUCUACUUGCCAGUGAAAGUGAGCCAACAGAAAGGGAUAUUGGUAAUACAGUGGAUGGAAAUGGAUGGAUAGAAGGUAUUUCACCGGUUGAUGUAUCCAUAGAAUCCAAGCCAACUGAAAAUGUAAUGGAAUCUUUUGUUGGAGAAAGCAUAUCUUCCGAAAGGCUCUCAGGUACCAUUUUUACUGUUGAAAUAAGGCAGUCUGAAGACAGAUCAGAAGAAAGUUGGCCAGCAGAAAAAAUUCUUGAUGAAAAUGCUUCAGAUGAAAGAAUUGCAGAGGAUACUCUUGCUACGGAAACUGAAGCAACAAGAAACUGUGACUUUGAAACAGACAUUACAGUUGAUAAUAUCAAAGUUGAAACUUUUGAAACAGAGCCCUUGGAACCAGGAUCAUUUGAAGGUGAACCCUGUCAAAUCCAGACAGAAAGCGCAACUGCAUAGCUCCAGUAAAGGUUGAAGGUGUCAGUGUAAGCAUCAAAGAAGAGGUGAUUCCAUAAAUCUUUUUGAUUAACUGUUGUACUAGAGAGGUAACAUGGUAUUCUUAAGCUUUGUUUGAUAUAUGCCAGUACAUCUGACCAUAUGGAUUAAAAAAGUUUUUUUUGAUAAUUAGAACAGUAUUCGUAAAUGUAUUUCAAAAUGAAAAUGCUUCAGCUUUAUAACUACUCUAUUCAUAAACAUACCCCUUUCAUUUCUUCUCUUGAAAAACUUGCCACAGUUUUCUGUUUAUAGUAUUUUAAAGCCAGCUCAAUGAAAGUUAAGUAUUUAAUUGUGGUCUCGUUAAGUUAACUAAUUUUGAUAAUAAAAUGUCUUUUUAAUAAAAACCUGUUAUUUGAUUUCUUGCAUUUUGUGUCGCAUCAUUAAAAACUAGAAAAAAUCAACUGGUACUCUGUGUAUUUUCUGUUAAUGUAGUUGAAGAGCAUGUCCUUGUAUAAAUGGAGUGUGGACAUGCAGCUAUAAGUAUAGAUCAGAUUUCAUGUGUAUGUGUACUUUUAUAUACAAAGUAUGGCCAGAUUCUUUUUGCAAAAAUUAAACUUCCUUGUGUUUAAAAAAACUGUGAUGAGUUCCAAUUGUGUUAAAUUUCUGUGGAACAUUGACAAGAAAGCUAUAGUCUUGUGAUUGUAACAACUUUGUACAACUGCACAAAUAUGAAAAUGAAACAUGUAUGGGUACAUGAUUUUAUCGUAGCUUCACACACAUUAUUUGUGAGAGGUCACAAAACUGUUGUUUUGGUAUAUUGCAUCCUAAAGAGAUGUAUAGGUGAAGGCUGUGAAGAUUUUACUACAAUCACAAUUUCAUUAUAUCAGUAGUACCUGCAAUG